GGAUGUUCCAAGAUGGCGGCGGCGGGCCUUCCGCGGACGGGGGGCGUCGUCGUCGCCGCCGCCGUCGCUGCCCGUUGGCGCCGCUGAGGGGGGCCGCGCGGGGCUGACAGUGUGUGGGAAGGCAGGGCAGUGCCACGGUAACCACUGGAGUUUGACUUGGCUGCCAGUUGGUCAUGCAGCGUCCACCACAGGCAGUUCCCACAGGGGCAGGUUGCCCACCACCUCUGGCAGCCCCACGGAACACGUACCGGCGAAAUGGCCCAUUUGGCAGAGAGGCAAAUGUACAGCCAUCAGUGGCAGCUGGUCCAGUGCAACCUGUGACAAACCCAUUUGCUUUUGGCAGGCAAGCACUAAAAGGCCCUCUGUCGGGCAGUGUUCCGAAAGGCAAUCCAUCAGCUACGCAAGGUUUUUCUCCAGUGACAUUUCCCCCACCAGCUGCUAUUUAUCCUCCCUGCCGACAUGCUGGGGACAGUUCUUAUGAACCACAGCCUUCAUUACCAGCACCUGUCUCUCAUUCUGGAGCGAACAGCACAUUUUCAGAUAUUGUAGCACCUGCAUCUUCAGUACCUGUGCACGUUACAAAUAAUAGCACUGGAAUACAUCCAAAUCUAGAACAUAACGAAUGCAACCCUUCAGGACAGUCUCAUUCCAUGGGAAUCACCUGUGAAAAUUCUGUUGGUGGGCAUCAGGGUUUGACCUAUAUGCCGUAUAGGCCUCCAAGUGAGCAAGAUAUAAGCAGAAACCCCACCAACCCAUCUUUGCCGUUCUUCACUUACGCUCAACAAACUGGGACACAAUGGAAGCCUGCCCAAGAUAGCCUGCAAGGUCAGACUUGUUCUCCCUGCCCAGAGGCACCAUCCCAAAAUGCAUUUUACCCUGUUACUCAGUCUACUGCUGGUGUUUCCCAAGCAAGCCCACAUACUGUUCCCCGGCAGAGCCCUCCACAGCAACCUGUUCAAAAUGCCAUGCAGGUACCAUUGAUAUUUGAUGCAUCUGGCAUGAUGUACACUGAGAGCAGCACACAAAAUAGCCCUUGGCAGAGUAUGGGAGUGGCCAGUCCUCGGCAAGGACAGUUUCCUCAAGAACACUUUUAUUUACAACCGCUUGAAUCACGCUGUGAUGCUGGUCAUCCCACCAUUCAGGAAAACAGCCCCCCAGCUCAGUCCCAAUAUUCCUCUGAAACCAGAAGUGGGCAGUGUGCAGCUGAUGCAGAUUCAGGGAGGAUUUCCAUGUUUUUCAAAGGCGAUGAGGCUGAGAAUGAGGAGAUACUUUCAUCAGAAAAGACCAGUGAGGCUGGCAAAGCUGACUUUGAGGCUGUCCAGCAGGCUGUUGGGCAUCCAUACUACCAGCCACUGCACGCACAGCGGACCUUGGCAACUGCUUUCCCUCAAACACAGACACGUGGUAAUAUUUCUGCUGAAACUGUGCAAAAGGGCAUGGAUGUCCAGCAUUCACCUAGAGCUCCGUGUCAGCCACAAGAUAUCCAGGGCAAUAAAAACAUGGCCCGUGUCAGCAAAAUCAAAGCUGGCCAUAUUGGCAUACAGUAUGAAAAUGUUGAGAAUCAAGAAGUUCUGCCAAGCGAGGUACAGGCCCAGAACUGUUCAUCGUCAGGUGUAGCUUCUGAUUCAUGCAAAUAUGCCUCACUGGGGCCACAGCUUCCAAAGAACAGCAUUGCUAGCCAUGCAGAAGGAGGACCAAACCUAGAAGCACCCGAUUCGUUGCCUCAACCUGUCCGGCCUGACAGCAGCUCUUCCAACUACAGCAGUCUGAGUCAUCAGAGUCUGUCUAGUUCUACACGGCCACGAGAGCUAGGCACCUUUAUUCAGCAAGAAAGUGGGAAGCCUGCUGAGGAUUCUGCGGCAGGUUUCUUUAAACAGAUUGAUUCCUCUCCUUUGGAAGGGAAUGCAAGCGAACAGAACCAGAGUAAAAAUUUCUGCAGCAGUCUUCCUCAGGUGCCAACACCGAGUCCCCCCAAACCAAUGGGAGUGUUUCAGACAAGUGUAAACAGUUCGUUUGAGCCAGUCAGGUCUCAUGGGUUUGGAGUAAAACCCCUAGAGGUGGAUCAGGCCAAGAUGGUGGUUGAGUUGAGGGAGAAUUGCCCAAACCAAAGGAUUACCAAGAAGAGUCCAGCCAUGCCUGUCAUCUCCCCAGGUAAUCUUGAACAGCCACCUGACAACUUGGAAACCAUUUUCAUGCCCCCUCAGCCCCAUCCUUUGCCUCUGACAGUUGCUGGUGAUGCUGGAAAUGGGUCUGUGGUGGAGAAUAUACAGUCAGUACCUGAGAAGAAACCAUUGAGCAGAGCUCAGGGGAUCACUAAAAAGUGUGAGAGCCCAGCCACAACACUGUGGGCACCCAAUGAGCUGCCUGAUUUUGGGGGCAAUGUGCUCCUUGCCCCAGCUGCCCCUGCAGUGUAUGUACCAGCCAAGCAGACUGUUCAAGUGGUUCAGCCACCUGAUGAAGGGUUGCCUGGUCAGCAGCCUAGUAAACCAGGACUGGUUCUCCCAUCAUCACAGGCUGGAAAUGCAUCUUCUGAAAACCUGGAAAAUCCUCCUAAAAUGGGGGAUGAUGAGGCCCCCCAUUCCCAGGCAAGCUCAGGCUAUGCCAGCCUCCUUUCUUCCCCACCUACUGAGGCUUUGCAAAACCAACCUAUCUUGAUUGCUCAGCCAAAUCAAAGCUACAGCUUGACACAGCCAGUUAACUUCUCUCUUGCAAAUCAUCUGAACAAGAAUGAAAAGAAUCAUUUAGCCAAAGAUCCUGGGAUUAAUAAUAAGCCUUUGCUUGGUGCACACAGUAGCAGCAACCCUUCUGGAGACAACGUACCAUUAUUUCCCUUGCAGUCCAGUCCCGUUUCUGCUUUAACCAAUCCUAAUUUAUUAAAAGACCCUCCCACUUCCUCUGAAAUUACUUCAAAUAAAUCUGCACAUUUUCUGGGGCAGUCUGCCUCUCACGUCCCACUCAACUUGGCUUCAGAAGGUACACAGGCAGCCAGUUUAGAAGGGUUGCCUCCUGAAUUCACCAGGAAGCCUGAAAUGAGCCCUUCGGGUUCCAGCAGCAAUGCAAGUGUGUUGGCUUGUACGGCAAGUACCAUGGUGUCUCCUCACGGCAAUCCCGCAAGGUCCCAGAAUGGUUCCAGUGGUCAGGAGCCCACCAGAGCACUUGACUUUACAGUAGCAAAGACCCUGGAGCAGGGCAACAUGGGCAGUUGUACCCAAGUGCAAGCUCCGUUGCUUUAUGGUGGCCUGGGAGUGCCUCAGCCAGCCUGUCUUGGUAGGCAGAUGGAGCCUGAGUUGGAUGGCCAGCAGCGUUUCUAUCCGCAGGUAAUGCAAGACAUGCAGCCUCUGGUGCCCUUGGAUAGAGCCACACCUUCGCAGCAGCAGCAGCAGCAAAUACAGGCUACUUCAGCAUCACAGGCGUUGGCCUCUAGGCAUUCUUCAGUUCCAGCCAGUCCUGCCCAGGCCCCAACCAACAGGUCUUGCCUGCGGGGUCCCCUGGAAGAGAGUUCAGCACAUCUGCCCACAAACCAUGGUCAGGCUUUUGCUCAUAACAGCCAGGCGACAUUGGGCCACCCUUUGAGUGCUGCAGCUACGACCAGCCUGCCCUCUGCCUUGACAUCUGUUGGCAACGGCCAGCCAACUGGGACCCCCUCUCAGCAAGACCAGCAGCACCUGCCACCUUCUCAGACAGUGUCUGGCCCAUCGGCAAUCCCUUACUACUACUACAGACAUCCGUACGAUGCCUACCCACCUCAGUAUCAGCCACCUUAUCCUCCUGCUGACCCUAGGACCACUAACCUGUACUACCAGGAGGAUGCCUAUGGCCGCUACGACCGGGCUUUUUGGCAGUAUGACAAUGCAGCCUACAGGGAUCCUGGAAGCUAUCGAUAUGCGGAACCUGAACGGCCCAGUUCCAGAGCCAGCCACACCUCAGACAGGCCGUCCUCCAGACAAGGGUAUCCAGAGGACUAUUAUAACCCCAAAGGUGGAUGGAGCAAUUACUAUGCUGAUUAUUAUGCAAAUCCGUAUGAUUAUGAAGAUCCAGGCCGUUGGAAUCGUUACCAGUCUACUUAUGAUGCCAGGCUCAGAGACUCCAGGGGCUUUGACCAGAGACUCUGGUAUGACUUGGAACAGAAUUCUUAUCAGAAAAGAGAGGCAUACCCAUAUGAAAACAGUCAUGAAGACCACUGGCGCUAUGACCCUCGUUUUGCUGGCAGCUUUGAGGAUGACCUGGAGCCUCGCCGGGACCCCUACGGGGAUGAGUUAGACCGGCGCAGCGUCCACAGUGAGCAUUCGGGCCACAGCCUCCACAGUUCUCGCAGCGCUCACAGCCACCAGAGCAGCUUCAGCUCUCGCUCUCAACAAAGCCAGCUUUAUCGAAGCAAUCAUGACCUGACCGCCAGUGCCUAUGAAGCUGCUAACCAGCCAGCCUCACUCCAUGCCGAGUAUUCCUAUGGGGGGUACAGCAGCUUUGAAAGCCAGGCACCUUUUGCAGAUUACGGCUACCUGGGCAAAUCUGUUUGGCCGGCAGCUGAACAAGUCCCUUCAAGACCUCUGACGCCUGAGAAGUUUUCUGUGCCUCACAUAUGUGCAAGGUUUGGCCCUGGAGGCUACCUAAUAAAAGUAUUACCAAACCUGCCCUCAGAGGGACAGCCUACUUUGGUUGAGAUUUGCAGCAUGGAGGUGAUAUUGCAGCAUUCUUCAGAACAAGAGGAGAUGAGAAUAUUUCCUGGCCCCCUAACCAAAGAUGACACGCACAAAGUAGAUGUUAUUAAUUUUGCCCAGAACAAAGCUAUGCGAUGCAGUCAGAAUGAAACUCUGAUUGACAGGGAGUCUGCGCAGCUGCUCUGGGACUUCAUUGUUCUUCUGUGCAGGCAGAACGGGACAGUGGUAGGCACGGAUAUCGCAGAGCUACUUCUCAGGGAUCAUAAAACUGUGUGGCUCCCUGGGAAAUCACCCAAUGAGGCUAAUUUGAUUGACUUCACAAACGAGGCUCUGGAGCAGGUGGAAGAGGAGUCCGGGGAGGCUCAGCUGUCUUUCCUUACAGACAGUCUCAUUGCCACGAUCGACAGCCUUGAGAAGGAGACGGAGCGAUUCAGGGAGCUUCUGCUUUACGGUCGUAAGAAGGAUGCUCUGGAAUCAGCCAUGAAGCAUGGGCUGUGGGGUCAUGCCUUGUUACUUGCCAGUAAAAUGGACAGCAGAACUCAUGCAAGAGUGAUGACCAGAUUUGCCAACAGCCUUCCUAUUAAUGACCCCCUGCAGACUGUGUACCAGCUCAUGUCUGGGAGAAUGCCUGCAGCUUCCACAUGCUGUGGAGAUGAGAAGUGGGGAGACUGGAGACCCCACCUCGCCAUGGUCCUCUCCAACUUGACUCAUAACAUGGAUGUGGAGCUGAGGACGAUCACCACCAUGGGCGACACGCUUGCUUCAAAAGGCCUCUUGGAUGCUGCUCACUUUUGCUACCUGAUGGCUCAGGCUGGAUUUGGAGUAUAUAUAAAGAAAACAUCCAAGCUGGUGCUGAUUGGCUCGAAUCACAGCUUGCCUUUUUUAAAGUUUGCCACCAAUGAAGCCAUUCAAAGGACCGAAGCCUAUGAAUACGCCCAGUCCCUGGGGACUCAGCCGUGCCGCUUGCCCAAUUUCCAGGUUUUCAAGUUCAUCUAUGCUUGCCGGUUGGCUGAGAUGGGCCUUGCUGCACAAGCGUUCCAUUACUGCGAAGUGAUUUCCAAAGCUGUCCUUCAGGGCCCUUGCGACUAUUCUCCUGUCCUUAUCAGUCAGCUGAUCCAGAUGUCCUCACAGUUACGGCUCUUUGACCCUCAGAUGAAGGAGAAACCAGAGGAGGAAUUAUUUGUUGAGCCGGGUUGGUUAGUGCAACUUCGAAACUUAGAUGGGCAAAUAAAGGAGGGUUGCAUAGCUUACAGCAUAGACCGCUCCACACCCCAGCAAUAUGUCUGCAGCACACCAAGCUCUGACCUGGACCAUGUUGGCCAGAGUGAGGGAAUGGGAGCUGGCCAGGAAAUGAAUGCGGGUCCUGGCAACCCAUUAUUGGCCCCCCUGCUGCCUACAGCGGCGCAUCCCAUGCAGAGCGUCCAGCUGAUGCCUUCAGCUCCUCCAAACAUCCUUGAAGGCUCAGCCCCCCUGGUGCCCCUUUCCCAGCCAGAGGCUCCCUCCUCCGUGGGGCCGGGGGCUCCCUUUUCAAACGUCUGUGGAGCUGAGCAGACUGCGUCUGGCCAGGGCACAGCAGUGCCACCAGCACAGACCCACCAGGAAGCAGCCAUACAGGGAGCGGCUCACGAGUCUCCUGUCUGGAAGGCUGGACCAGAGCCCAGGGACGACGACUUCUACGGAAAGAUGGAAAGCAUGGGCUCGGGCCGACAAUCCAGAUCUGCCUCCCAGUCUUCAGGCCAUGUGGGCUUUGGGCGCCGAUCUCGGACUACCUCGGAAUCCUCUGUGCAUUCCAUAGGGCAAGAGAAACCGAAUUCCUUGGCACAGCAGCCCUCUCUGCCCCGACUGCCGAUCCCUGAAGAGAAGGAAACCAGAAAAGAGCCAGCACCUCAGAAGAGAGGAACGUGGCUUGACUGGCUAAUGAGGAAAGGCAAGAAUGAAGCUCACCUUCCUGAUGAUAAGAACAAGUCGAUUGUUUGGGAUGAGAAGAAACAGCGAUGGGUCAACUUGGAUGAACCAGAAGAAGAGAGCAAGCCACCGCCUCCGCCUCCCACAGGCUUCCCUAAAGCUCCCCAGGCGGGUCCCUCUGGACAAGGAGGUCCUCCCAGUGGCCCUGUCAACAUGUUCUCCAGGAGAGCAGCAGGAAACAGAGGGCGCUACGUUGACAUCUUAAACCCAAGUGGAGCCAAGCCAUCUGGUGCUGUCCCUGCACCAUCUGACCUUUUUGCUCCCCUGGCCCCAAUGCCUAUUCCAGCAAAUGUGUUUGUACCAAACUCUGCUCUGGAGGAGCAGCAGCCUUUGGAAGGCCAGAGGGCUGAAGAGCAGACCGCGUCAGGGAACCAGACCACGCCAGAAAUGGGCGACGAACGUCCUUACUUAAAUUCUGCAGUCCUGCCACCUGGCUCUGAGCUCCCUUCAUCCAAUCCAGAUGGCUCCCAGUGUGGAGAGCCACCUUUGGAAGGACACCCAGCGGGAACAGUCCAGUUCUACAACCCUGCUCAGUUUGCACAGACUGCCGCAGUUCCAGGAAGCUCAAGACUGGGUAGCAGAACUGGACAGAGAAAAUACCCCAUUUUAAAAUAGCCUACAGCAAAUUACUGCUUCAUGCAUGGAUUUUUGAAGAAUGACUCAAGAUCCCAUGGCACAUAGAAUCCAUUCUCAAUAGUGAGAGGAUGAUCAGUUUGUCUGCUUAGAUAAAUUACCAAACGUACCUGUUGUUCAGAAGCCAGGUAAAAUACUCUUGGGGACUAGAGAGGGACAAACCAACAGGCCCGUAAGGACCACAUUCGGUUUCUUAGAAGAAUGGAAGGCGCAGGGGUGUUCCCUUCCCUUCAGCUUCCUUGACUGGGAUUUGGAGACUGCUCUUCAGUAGUUCGUUAAGUAAUUUUUAAAAGUCUUACCCCAUGUUGUAGGGAAUACAUAUAUCUCCUUUUAACACUGCAGUUUGUGGCCUUACAGGGACUGGGGCACAAUUUUUAUACAUAUAAACCAGCAGUUGGGUUUAUUUACUUACCCAAAGCAUUAGGACAUUUGGCUGAGAUUUUUUUCCCCCCUCACACAUCGACUCCUUUUCCCUUUGGAGGGAGGCAUAGCUCAUCCAAAUAAACAGAGACAUAUAAUGAAUGAAAACAACAAAACUGUGAUUUGUAAUCUAAGAGUUAAUUGGAAGUGGAUUUUCCUCGCGUACGUCUGUAGUUUGUGUUUAGGCACCUUGUUAAGCCAACUGUCUAGUCUGAAACAGCAGCUCUUUGUACAGUAGGCAUUGCUGUCCUCUCGGAUGAGUCCUCUUGAAGUGCAAUAUGGCUCCUUCUCUCUCUCUUGAACUCUGGAAAACUCAGCAGGAAGCGGCAACAGCUGGAAAACUUUCUUUUUAAACUGUAGCAUGGGAGUCUGGUUUUCUGCUCUUCUGCUUCAAACUUCUUCCAUUAUCACAGUGACUGAGGUCUUAAUUAGCUAACAGUUGCACCUUUACUAAAUUUUAAGUGGCUUUAGAAUUCAGCAAGCCUCACCAGUGAUAGAACUGAAAGUCCUUUUGGUUUUAUGCGGGAAGUCCCUGAAAUCUUCGCAUCUGCAUAAAAAAUGUGACGAGACUAAAUAGCUAUGCAUUUGGUCAAGGUUGCUCUGGAAGCCACUGCAUUCAGAUACCAAUAAUGCUGAUGGACAGAAUGUUAUGGAGGGGUUAUUGAUGCUGACCCUUUGUGAGUUAAUCCCAUGCAUUUGGGAUCUAGAAAGCCUUAAGUGUGUUAUGAAGGGACUGUGUUCAGAAGGAAUGAGUAACAAUCCACUGGUCCUGCCAGUGUGGCAGCAGCCUGCCACCCGAGCCCUUCUCAGAUACAUCUUUCCCCUUCUACAGAACAUGAUAUUUUUUCUGAUCUCUGUCUUUUCUGUGUAGACGGCCAAACGUCUUUCGAGAAACUUCUUUGGAGCAAAGAGCCACUGUCUUUCCUAAAUGUUAGAUUGACAUUGUACAUUCUUAAAUAAAAUAUUUU